AUGGGGGUCAGAUACUACUCCCUUCCAUCACCAAUGAGCUGUGUGGCCUUCAGCAAGUCAUCCAGACCCUCUGGUCUCACUUUCCCCAUCUGUAAAAUGGAAAAACGGACACCCAGCCCUCGCCGCGCUGGGGGAGACGCGAAUGGGAGAACACAGCAGGUCUCAAGCAGGGCUACUUCCCGCUACCGGUGCGUGCCGACCAGCGGCCACUGGAAGACCGAGGGCCAGUUGGAGAACGAGGGGCGCUGGGCGCCGGCCCUGUGGAGAGCCUGCAACGGGCUGAUGGCCGCCUUCUUCGCGCUGGCGGCCUUGGUGCAGGUAAACGAUCCAGAUGCAGAACUCUGGAUGGUUGUAUAUAUAAUUCCUGCAGUGCUGACCCUGCUUGUUGGACUUAACCCUCUUGUCACAGGUAAUUUUAUUUGGAAGACUGUCUCUGCAAUACACAUGUUCUUUUGUAUCGUGUGGGCUAUCAGCUUGGCAUACUACCUCCUGCUUCAUACACAGAGGAACAUCUUACAUGAGGAAGAAGGCAGGGAGCUGUUUGGUCUGCUGAUUAUCACAGCAUGGAUGAGCCUAUGCCACAGUUCAUCAAAGAAUCCAGUUGGUGGAAGAAUUCAGUUGGCUACUGCCAUUUUAAUUGCUCUCUUCCCGUUUAUCUCGUGGGUCUACAUAUAUACAAACAAGGAGAUGCGGUCCUCCUGGCCAACUCACUGCAAGACGGUCAUUUAA